CACAGUCGGGCCAGACCUCUGCCCACGUGCAGUCCAUCUGUGACGCUCUGGAGGUGCCGCACAUCGAGAACCGCUGGGAUUUCCGCCUCACCCGCGACGCCUACUCCGUCAACCUGUACCCGCACCCCUCCACGCUGUCCCAGGCGUAUAUGGACGUACUGAUGACGCUUCGGUGGCGGAAGUUCACGAUCAUCUACGAGAACAACAACGGUCUGGUCCGCGUCCAGGAGCUCCUCAAGAACCAGUCGUGGCACAUCACACUCCGGCAACUCCCGAACUCCGACGACUACAGACCGCUGCUGAAGGACGCCAAGAAGUCCGGUGUGACCCACGUGGUGCUGGACGUGGAGCGCGACAAGAUCUUCACCGUCCUCAAGCAGGCUCAGCAGAUCGGCAUGAUGACCUCCUACCACAACUACUUCAUCACAUCCCUGGACCUGCACACGGUGGAGCUAGAGGACUUCCGGCACGGCGGCACCAACCUGACGUGCCUGCGGCUCGUGGACCCGGAGAACCCGCUGGUGCAGCGCGUCAUCCAGGACUGGGUGUUCGGGGAGCUGCGCUACGGCCGCACCGUGGAGGCGCCCACCAAGUCCCUGCAGCCCAGUAACAUGACAUUCUUGAAGACGGAGGUGGCGCUUAUGUACGACGCGGUUCAGCUCUUCGCCAAGGCCCUGGAUGACCUCGACCGUUCCAGGCACAUCGACGUGACGCCCCUGGAGUGUGACGGGGACGCUACCUGGGUGCAUGGAAACUCCCUCAUCAAUUACAUGAAGUGGGUCCAGGUGAACGGCCUGACGGGGCUCAUCAAGUUCGACACGGAGGGCUUCAGGAGAGACGUGACCCUGGAUAUUGUGGAACUCACCAAGGAGGGGCUCACGCGCGUGGGGAGGUGGGACCCCGGGAACGGCGCCAACUACACGAGAACGUACAGCGAGGUGCAGCAAGGCAUCGUGGAGAGCCUUCAAAACAAGACCCUCGUCAUCACAAGCAUUCUGGCCGCGCCCUACACAAUGCUGCGAGAGACCUCCGAGCCGAUGACAGGGAACGACCGGUACGAGGGCUUCUGCGUGGACCUGAUCAAGGAAAUCUCGGACAUCCUCGGCUUCAACUACACCCUCAAGAUCGCGGACGACGACAAGCACGGCAACUUCGACAAGAAACUCGGCAGGUGGAACGGCAUGAUCGGCGAGCUGCUGGACCAGAGAGCUGACCUGGCCAUCGGUGACCUGACCAUUACCUACGAGCGGGAGCAGGAGGUGGACUUCACGAUGCCCUGGAUGAACCUCGGCAUUACCAUCCUGUACCGCAAGCCCACCAAGAAGCCGCCCAACCUCUUCAGCUUCCUCUCGCCGCUGUCCCUUGGCGUGUGGCUCUACAUGGCCACGGCCUACCUCGGCGUCUCCCUCCUCCUCUUCGUGCUCGCAAGGUGUUUGUCCGGUGAAAGAGCCUCGGCCUGCACAUCCCGGAGAGGAGAAACAAGAACCUCGGGUAAAACGUAUUGUAUCUCCAGCACUUUGCCCGGCGUCCUGGAAGGCCCUGACCCACACCCCACGGCCGUGUCGACGCGCAUCGUGGCGGGCAUCUGGUGGUUCUUCACGCUCAUCAUGAUCUCGUCCUACACUGCCAACCUCGCCGCCUUCCUCACUGUCGAGCGCAUGGAGUCGCCAAUCGAGUCGGCCGAAGACCUCGCCCGCCAGACUAAGAUCAAAUACGGCUCCCUCUACGGCGGCUCCACCUGGAACUUCUUCAGCACGUCCAAGCUCCCCGUGUACCAGCGCAUGUUCAGCUUCAUGGAGUCCCAGACCCCGACGGUGUACACCAAGUCCAACGAGGAAGGCGUCAAGCGUGUUCAGAAGGGCGACGGCCAGUACGCCUACAUGAUGGAGUCGUCGAGCAUCGAGUACAUCACGGAGCGCUUCUGUGACCUCACGCAGGUGGGCGGCCCGCUAGACUCCAAGAGCUACGGCAUCGCACUCCCGCCAGGCUCACCCUACACCAACGCCAUCUCGGAGGCCAUCCUGAGCCUGCAGGAGGGAGGCAAACUCCAGGCGCUCAGAACACUGUGGUGGAAGAGGAAAAAGGGAGGGGGGCAGUGUAAAGAUGACGAGUCCAAGAGCUCCUCCAAGGCCAAUGAGCUCGGGCUGAACAACGUUGGCGGAGUCUUCGUGGUGCUGCUGGCCGGCAUGGGUCUCGCCUCCGUGGUCGCCGUGUGUGAGUUCAUCUGGAAGUCACGGAAGCUCGCCACGGAGGAACAUUCUCCACCGCCAUCGACGCAAGAGCCGACACUUCGAGGCUCGGAAGAGAAACUCAAGCCACACGACAUACCGACGCCCCCCCUGGCUAUCGCGCGCAGCAACCAGUCCCUGGACCGCAUCUCCCGCCGGUCCGUGCCACCCACGUCCUCCGAGGCUGCCAGCGGGUCAGCAGAGGGAGGCCUGCAGUCCCCUGACCUGCCCUUCCAGCUCAUAUCAACUGUAUGACACUAGGACAACCUAGGUGGUCAACAGCCGGUGCAGGAGCAGACAGUCAUCCUGCACAUCGCUCGUUCUCGACUCUAGGCUCAAGAAGAAAGGCAAUCAUAUAUUUUUUACAAAAUACUAUACGUAAAGCUACCUUAGGGCGUCAUGAAGUGAUAUGUAAGUAAGUUUGUCUUUCAUGCUUACGUACACGGUGUACAUGAGGUUUUCUACGUUACAUACACGAAUAUUUAGUGUCGCUUUGAUACUUGUUGAACAAUGUUCUGGACCUUCCCAAGCAGUGGAAUAGAAAAUUGGAAACAGAUUCUUAACUCGUUCAAUACUUUUCACGAACACUAAACAUUCUCAGGCAAGACACGUGAGAAGCAUAGGUAACACGCAACCUCGGUCUUCUGGGCAUCCUGCCAAGGCUGUGUCCGCCACUACUGUACUCCUGACGCUGCACAGCGAGGUGACACUGAAGACAAACAAACGCCGUCAUUACAUUUUCAAGUUCAAAUCAAAUAAUACACAUGAAUGCGUGAGAAUCCAUUUUUAUACAGCAAGGAAAUCAACGGAAGUCAUAGUUACUUCCCGUGAAAUGUGUGGCUGCAGGGUAACUCGCUCAUCUGGUUGUGCUCGAGAGGCAGACUAAGAAAACCUCUCCUUAGGACAACAGGUACAGCUGAGAACUAAUUCAAGGGAUAAAAUCUCACGAGGCAUGAGAUGAAGUAUAGGGGAGUGUGUGGAGAAAAAGUCAGUGGCAUAUCAUUUUUUUCAGUGGAUAUGAGUUAAGCAUUCUGAGAAAAAUGUUAAUUCUUAUCACCCUGAGGAGAGUUAUGACAUGAGGGAUGCUGAUGACAUGACUGAGACAUUUCUUGACGGUGAAAUUAUAGAAAAAAAAAUCACAGUUAUGGAAGGUGUUCAUGUUUACUACUGAAUUAUCUAGGACUGUAAAUUAUCACCACUAAGGCAUAAGUUGUUGUUGAAUUAGCCAGAUUCUCAUGUUUGGAGCAGAGAGCGCCAAACACAACACUCGUGGAAAUACCAAUACUUUUUUUUCAGAUUAUUUACGUCUGUUUAAAUGUAUUCGUAUUCACCGGCUCCACAAUUUUUUAUUAUUAUUUUUAAGAUCAUAUAUAUUUUUUAUAUUAGAAUCAGAAUGUUGUCUUUUAUAAGGUAUUGUCUGUAUUUUUACAUGUAAUGCAUUUAUUGUCAUUUAUUGUUUUCUAUAACUAAAUGAAGGUUCACUGGUGAGGCCAAGAGCUCGGUUCACAGGAAGUCAAUUUUGUAGACAAUGUUCAUGCAAGCGUUCGUUGAAAUGUGAAUUGUAAAAGGAAAGAAAGCAAGAAAGUGGUCGUGAGAAACGUCUUGCACUCCACUGACGUUUUUUUACAGUAAAGAAAGCAGCUCAAGGGCUAAAAAACAAAGCAAAAAAAAGUAACAAAAAAGCCCGUUCAGUGCUACUCCUGUGAGAGUAAAGAGAAGUGAGGCGUCAGAAGAAAGAGUCAAUCUGAGUUACGUGAAAUGAUGACAAAUGUUCACAGGGAAAAGACUAACUUCCAUCUCCGCGUAGUCACCACCCGGGGAAACUAAGCUUAACGUUAUGAUCAAAGCAUGGCAAACAAGCUUCUGUGUUAGUUUAUUGUUUGUUUCCGACCUGUUCUUGUUUACGAUUUUUUUAUGCUCAAGGAAAGACCAGCCAAGGACGCAAGUGUUGGCCGCACGUCACGUUAUGUUACUUUUUAUCUUUUAAGUUCACUAUUCUCUUGAGGUUCAGUUGUUGUACGUGUAAUGUAAACGAUCUAUUCCUGUACUCUCCCAUUCAGUUAUGACGAAAUACAUUAUUACAAACUUUU